CAAAGAUCGUGCUUGAUGGCUGACGCGGCCUUUCACUUCCCUUCACAUCCCCCAGGCACAAAUCACCAUCUUCCACCCAAUUACACCCAUAAUCCCUCCCCUACACCCAUAAUCCCAACCCUUAUACCACCCAAUGACAAUCCCCAGCGCCUGAAUCCUCACCUGCUGCGCAUUCAGGCUGCCAUUGUCCAAAACCAUCCUCCAUCCCACACCCCUUCAAACUUCCAUUGCUUGUGUUCCAUUCUCCUCCCUUUCAUCGAAAACUAUCUCCAAACAUUCAACUAUCACCGAGUAAAACAUCUCACGAUCUUGAUUUUCACUCGAAACAUUCAAACACCACAACAGAAGAACCAACCCAUUUCACGCCGUUGCAUGCUCCCACCACCGCAUCCGGGACUGCACACUCACGCCAAUCCGCUCCUGAGCACCCUCAACCACGCCUGAACAAACGGGCAACACUCAUCCACACAUCAGACGCAAUGUCGUCCCAAUCAUCACAAAACGCCAUGUCCCGCAGCGCCUCCCAGGCCAACUGCCUCGACCCUCUCGACUCCCUCCUCGACCUCUCCUCCUACGAGACCAUGACCUACGGCUCUCCCUCCAUCUCCCCCUCCGAGUCCAGCAAGUCCGUCUCCUUCCGCCCAACCGCCUCAACACCCACCGCAAACACCCUCCUCCCGCCGCGUCAACAGUCGCACGCUCCUCCUAGCCACCCCUACGAUGCUCACAAGCAGCAGACUGGCAUCCCAACGGGCGGUCUCGCGACCACCCUCGCCAUCAACAACAAUUCCCAGAUGUACGCCGGUUACGGCUACCUCUCCGGCGUCGACAACUCCGAUGACUUCAGCGACAUGGGUUUCAAUGCCGGAAGCGCCUCAGGGUCCGGCAGCUUCGACAACUUAGGCAUGGACAUCGACUACGACUCCCCCACCGUCGACCCAGCCUUCUUCUUCCCCCCCCUCCCCAGCGCCGCCGACUACGCCAGCCAGACGCAGACGCCUGUUCCCGCAACCGCCGUCAAGGUUGAGGCCAGCAACGUCGGGCGUCUCUGGCCGGGCAUGCAUCAGCAGCAGGCUGCGAUGGCGAAGGCUGAGCAGCAGCGCAAGCAGCAGCAGAUGCUGAUCGCGCAGCAGCAACGACACAGCGCUGUGCCGACGCAGGCGGCGAAGGCGAGGGCGAGGCCGGCGACGGAUCCGAUUGUUGAGGAGAAGAUCUCGCAGCUGCUUAACUCGAUGAGGCAGAAUAGCGAGGCGACGAGUAAUGGGGAUGAGGAUGUUGCGGAGGGCCAUGGGCAUGGCGGGCGCUCGAGGAAGGAUGAGGAGGAUAUGGAUGAGGAUGAGAGGUUGUUGGCCAGUGAGGAGGGGAAGAAGUUGAGUAGUAAGGAGAGGAGGCAGUUGAGGAAUAAAGUUUCCGCGCGCGCGUUCCGCUCGAGGAGGAAGGAAUACAUCGGCCAACUCGAAGGCGAGAUCGCCACCCGCGUCAACGAGAACACCGACCUCCGCAACCAGAACCGCGAGCUCCUCUCCGAAAACAAGCGUCUCGCAGACCUAACCCGCAUGCUCCUCUCCUCCCCCUCCUUCUCCGGCUUCCUCGACACCCUCAGCACGAACCCCAACCCUGUCGAGCGUCAACAGCAGGCUACUCCUCCUGUUGUCGAGCAGCAGCAGCAGCAACAGGCGCCAAAGGACCCAAACCCGUACGCGCAGCAGCAGCAGCAGAAUCUGGAUAUGAAUAUCAACUACGCUAUGAUUCCUGAUGCGGCGCCGUUGGAUUUCAACCUUUUGGAUCUGAAUACGCAUGAUUUCAUUUAUCAGCCGCAGGUGUUCAGUGUGCACAGUGUUGAGGAGGUGAGGUUCGAUGCUUCUGUCCUCUCUGGCAAGCCUUCGAGUACCUUCGAGGCGGAGGAGGAUAAGCUUGAGCUCCCUCUCUUCUCGGCACCCGCACUACCGGAACCGGUCGCUGCUAAGUCGAUAGAGACUGUUGAGGAGGCGGAUGAGGAGUUUGAUUCCGAUCCGAUGUUCUCCCUCUUCGCUCCCUCGUCGUCGUCAGCUGCUUCCGCACCGCUACCACUUGAUACUGCGGCACUGAUCGCGGCGAUCCAGCCGGCGAAGGAGAUGUUGAGGUUUGAGCUUGUGGAUUGGGAGGAGAGCGAGAGGAGGUUCUUAAGGGUGCAGAGGUUGGGGGCGGGGAUUGAGGCUGUUGUCGCUAGGUUGGAGGGGUUGGGUCUUGAGUAAGCGGUGGGAUGAGAUGUGUGGUGGAAUUGGUUUUGCGGUUUUAGCGGUCAUGGGAAUCUUUUUUUUGGUAGGAUAUGGCGGGGGUUUGGGAAUACUUGUAGUUAACUGUCGUUUUGGUCUUCACUCACUGAAAUGUGUGUUGUGUGGUCUUUUUCUCUCUUAUGUUCUGGGGAGGUGGAGGGCGAGGUAUAGAGAUAAUAAAAGACGAAAAUGAAAAUAAAUGAACCGAAG